UCCACUUUGCCGCCUCUUUCGUUCUCUACUUUUAGAGAGAGAAAGUUAGAGAGAGAGAGAGAGAGAAAAACAGAUUGACAGUGUUCUUCAGUCCUUGAGAGAGAGACCCCAAGAAGAUAUUGCGGCUCUGCAUUUUCCAGAGAGAGAGAGAGAGAGCGAGAGAGAGAGGAAUUCAAGAAACCCUCUGCUCCUGCAUUCUUGACACGGAAAAGAAAGUGAUCAAUCGAAAAUGGCGAAAUUCAAGAGCAAAUUUCCUUGCUAUUUGACAUUCACUCCUCAGACUUCUCUCUCUCACUACCCACCUUCCCUCAACGCCCUACUUCUCAUCCCAAAGAAACCCAUCUCCAAACCUCUCUGUUACAGACUGCGUUGCACAUUCAUUUUCUCUCUCUUGAUCUCCUGCUCUCUCAUGGCCACCCUCGCUGUAAACUUGGCCUCUCAUCUCACCACAUCAUUCCUAAUCCCCAUAAAGACCUCAAACCCCUGUGUAGAGAGAGAUGAAGAUGGGGAGAGAGGAAAUAAGGACUCUGUUUUCAUGGCACCUUUCCCUGAGAGAAGGCUUACAGAAAAUCUGAACGAAGAAGAGAAAGAAUUUUGGAAACAACCAAAUGGGUUGGGCUAUGAGCCAUGCCUUCAUUUCUCGAUUGGUUAUCGAAGAGCUUCGAGGAAGAAGAGAAAGGGUUUUGUAAUGGUGGUUGUUUCAGGUGGAUUGAAUCAGCAGAGGAAUCAGAUCGUUGAUGCUGUUGUGAUUGCUCGAAUACUCGAAGCUACCCUUGUGGUUCCAGUUCUCAAGUUUAAUCUAAUCUGGGAGGACAACAGUGAAUUCUCUGAUAUAUUCGACGCUGAACACUUUAAGAUGUCGCUAAGGCCGCACGUGCCAAUUGUCACGUCCCUCCCCUCUUCAUACCCGCGUCUCAAACCUUAUGCACACAAGAUUCCUCGACUUCUCACUCCUCUAUGGCUACGUGCCAAAUUCAUUAACAAGCUAGGUAGAGGAGGAGUGAUACUCCUAAAAGGACUCACAGAAUCGAGGCUUUCUAAAGAUCUUCCCCUUGACCUUCAGAAACUACGUUGCAAGGUGGCCUUCCAUGCUAUGAGAUUUUCGGCCCCAAUCAGAGCGGUGGGAAUGCGGUUAGCAGAGAGAAUGUGGACCAAGGGACCCUACAUUGCCCUUCACUUACGUUUGGAGAAAGAUGUGUGGGUCAGGACUGGUUGUCUUCCUGGUCUCUCACCUGUGUUUGAUGACAUUGUCGUUGGCGAACGCAUACAACGACCGGAGCUACUCACCGGAAGAUUGAACAUAACUUAUCACAAAAGGAAAGCUGCAGGCCUUUGCCCUCUAAAUGCCCUUGAAGUUGCAAGGUUAUUAGAGGCUCUCGGUGCACCAAGGAGUAGUAGGAUAUACUGGGCAGGAGGGGAAGCACUAGGAGGGGACGAAGCUCUACGUGCUUUGGUGGAGAGGUUCACGAACCUAGUGAAGAAGGAGACACUUGCAUUGCCCGGUGAAUUGGAGCCGUUCAUCAACAAGUCCUCAGCGUUGGCCGCCGUCGAUUAUAUUGUGGCCCUCUACAGCGACGUUUUCAUGCCAUCCCAUGGUGGAAAUAUGGCUCGCACCAUGCAGGGUCAUAGGGCAUAUUUAGGGCACAAGAAAUACAUAACACCCAAUAAAAGAGGGAUGUCUCCUUACUUUUCCGACCACUCUUUGCCUGAAGCCGCGUUCGUAACGAUAGCAAAACAUCUUCACAAGGACAAGUUGGGGCAACCAAGGUUGAGGUGCAGCAAGAAGGGGAGGGAUGUCACCGCAUUUCCAGUGCCAGAGUGCAUGUGCAGGCCAUUGUCAUGACUGCUUUUGAGAAACUCUUUGCGUCUUUCUUUUGUAGUGUAUCUUUGUAAAUUUUUUGCCUUUUCAUGAAAGUGUAGCCAGUUCUUUGAAGUGGGGCUUCAAAGCUGGUGGGUAAGAAGCAAUGAACAGCACCAUGCAGAACAUAUUAAUGCUGAGGUAUUUCCAUAAACUUUCAGGUGGUUUGGGCCACUUGUGCAGUGUCAAAGGGUAAGUAAAAUUGGGGCCUCAAAAAUCUGAGC